UCAAAUACUGGACAGAGUUCAAAGCACAAAUUACCAAGACCUACACUUCUUCGUAUGACGUUACUUUAGCAUUCGAACGUCUCCAACGUUAUCAGCAAACACCGAAUCAAAAUGUACAACAAUAUUAUACCGAAGUAAUUAAAUUAUGCAAAGAAGCUGAUUCAGAUAUGUCGGACAGAACAAAGCUUCAGCACCUCUUUUCCGGCUUAAAACCAACGAUUAAAAUAAAAGUGAUAGAGAAGGAUCCGGCAUCCACGAAAGAAUUUCUCGAAUAUGCUAAAAAAGUCGACGAUCUUCAAGCACUGAUUGGGAAAGAUGAAAUUAUUACAUUUCCAUCAGAACCAUUCUCGUCAGCCUCGAAUGCUUUUCAACAGCCACGACCCUAUAUAUCAGAUAGAAAUUCAGAUGUCUAUGUUGCACCACCGAGACGUACAAAUCCACAUUCUCAACAGCAAGCUUCCUCUGUUUCUUCGUCUGGUUCACGUAAUGAUAACAGUCCCCUUCCUGUUACAACAACAUUGAAUCAUCAAACAACUAACCGAAACUCUUCUUCUAAUCCAACUACUUCGUCCCAAUCUAGUUUUCAACAACAAUCUUGUAAUAACAAUUUUAAUUUAUAUUCACAACAUCGUCAGCAAUCCCAGCAGCCUUUUCGCCCGUGUCUGCACUGUGGUUCACGUGCGCAUCGCGCGCGAGACUGUCCGGGUUUCGGGUAG